GUGGGAAGAUAGCAAGUGUUGAUUUUUUUCAUGGUUUCUCUGCCAUAAAGGGAAACGGAGAGUCAUACUGCACUCUGUCCCGCUGAUGCCACAAUGCGCCUUACGCUCCUCGUUUUCCUUUCCCUCGGUGUCGUUUGGACAGCUGUGGCAACAUCAUACGAGAAAAGUGCCAAUGAAUCCAAGAUUGUCUGCUAUAACCCCUAUACUGCCAUUGGAGAUCGCUGUUUGUUUGUCGCCCACCAGUCAGAAGGAAGCUGGUAUGAGAUGCGAUCUUACUGUAACCUUCUAAACGGAGACCUUCUCAAGUUGGACGAUGCUAAUCUCCUUACUGAUAUCGUUGAGUACAUUUAUUACCAAGUGGGUGAGAGCAAGGACUACUGGAUCGGGGGGAGUGACGAGGCCCAUGAGGAUACUUGGUUAUGGACAGACGGCACUGUCAUGAGGAAAGGUGUUCCCUUGUGGUACCAUUGCAUCUACAACUCCGUACAACCAGAUGGUGGCUCCUCAGAGAACUGUGCCGUCCUGCGCUGGGACUCAUAUUACCAUGCCCAUGACGAGGCUUGCUAUACUACACGGUCUGUCAUUUGUGAAAGCCUCAUACAUUAAUCUGCUAACAAUUUUUGGCUACAGAAAAGAUAAAUACUGUUUUCUUUUAUAUCAUACUGCGACAUCGGUCAAGAUCAUUGGCAGAGUAUACAUCUACCAAGUGAUAUCUAUAUACUAUGUAAAUUUGUUUUAUCAUGCUGCCUGUGGCCACACUGCCUUAUGCAUUUGUAACUUUCCUAAAGUUCUGAAAUCUGUUCUUCCUGUAACAUUACAAAAAUAUAUAUUCUAAA